AUGAAGUAUAAUCCGGCGUGCGUGGAGCCGCGGUGCUACUUAGUGAUGGAUAAGGAUCAUACGAGCGAACAGGAGAAGACUCUGCAGCAACUACAGGCUUAUAUCGAGUCGGAGAACCAGCGGCUGGAGAAGGACAUGGGGCGAUUUUCGGACCGAGAGGUGGUGGUGCGCGUGGAGUACAAGUACUGCCCCAACCUCACCAUCAUUGAUACCCCUGGACUGAUUUCUGCGGCGCCGUCAGUCACACACACGGCGCUGCAGGUGCGUCAGAAUUCAUUCCUAGUCUCUUUCUCUCCCCCUCUCCACGCCUCACUCCCCCCUCCUCCCCAGGAACAAGCGCGGAUCGUUGAGGCACUAGUACUGGCGAAGAUGAAGCAGCAGGAGUUUGUGAUUCUUUGUUUGGAAGACAGCAGCGACUGGAGCAACGCGACGACUCGCCGCAUCGUCAUGAAGGUCGACCCGGACCUCUCCCGAACCAUCCUCGUGUCCACCAAGCUCGACACGCGCAUCCCGCAGUUCUCCCGGGCAGCUGAUGUGGAGAUGUUUCUCAACCCGCCGCUGCCCGACAUCUCGGCGUCGCGGCUCGCCACGCGGCCGUUCUUCACGUCCGUGCCGUCGGGGCGAGUGGGGUCCGGGUCGGAUGCGGUUUUCAUGACGGAUGAUGAUUUCAGAGAUAAGGUGCCGCUGCCCGAUAUCUCCGCGUCGCGGCUCGCCACGCGGCCGUUCUUCACGUCGGUGCCGUCGGGGCGAGUGGGAUCUGGAUCUGAUGCUGUUUUCAUGACGGAUGACGACUUUAGAGAUCCGGCUUCGGCUGUUCUUGGAGCAGAUGCUGCAGCAACGGUAGGCAGUCCCCUUUCCUCCUCUCACCUCUUCCUCGUCUUCCCGUGUCCCCUCUUGGACGCAGAUGCUGUAGCAACGGUAACCAGUCCGUUCCCCCUUCCCCUAUUUACUUCUCUCCAUCCGUUCCCUCCUCUCACCUCUUCCCUCCCUUCCCGCCUCCCGCACUCCCACUCUUCUUUUGCUUACCCCACCCUCUCUUCUUCUAGAUGCUUCAGCAAUGAUGCAAUCAACGUCAAUCCUCCCCUCUUUCUGCCCUUCCCCCUCGUCUUUCCACACAGGUACCUCGAGAGUGUACCCUAUAUAGUGCCGCUGCUCGAUAAGGAAUACAAGUCCGUCUCUACCAAGCUCUCUGCCACCUCUGCAGAGCUACAGAACCUGAGCGACGGCGAGUUGAAAGAAAAGAGCCGAAAUUUCCGCGACAACUUCGUCCGGAAGCUCACUGUCCUGCUCCGUGGCUCCAUUGCUGCUCCACCCGACAAAUUCGCCCUUGGCUAUUUAUCUGUGUCACCCUCUUUUCUUGAGUCUGUCUGGCCAUGGCUCAUCCACACCAACAACCUCCUCUCCGCUCCUCCCCUGUCUACUUCCUGCCGCUGCUGCUCACCAGGCGAGACGCUGCAGGAGGAAAGGGCGCGUGGGGGGAUCUUUGUGGGGUCGGACGGGCAGCAGUUCCCUCAGAGGCACAUGCCGAACGCCAGCAUGCGCCUCUUUGGAGGGGCGCAGUACCACCGGGCGAUGGCCGAGUUCCGGUUCGUGGUGGGUGCAGUGCGGUGCCCUGCGAUAUCAAGGGAGGAGAUCGUGAAUGCGUGCGGUGUGGAGGACGUGCACGACGGCACCAACUACUUCAGGACGGCGUGUGUGAUUGCUGUUGCCAAGGCAUGGGACGUGUUCGAGCCAUUCCUUCGACAGCUCGGUUUCCGUCUAUCACACAUUGUGGGCAGACUGCUGCCCAUCGUGCUCUUCCUACUCAAGAGGGACAACGAGCCGAUGCUGGUGCACGAGACGUUCAUAGAGCGCGUGCAGGAGUCAUAUCACAAGUUCGUGGAUGCAACUGAGCGCUCUUGUAUUGAGAAGUGCAUGGAGGACCUCACCAGCACCACCCGCUUUGUCACAUGGUCUCUGCAUAACAGGUCCCGCUCUGCCCUGCGCUCGUUCUUUGACUCGGCCAUGCCCAACCACGACUCCUCCCUCCUCGCUGCUGUCGGCGCCUUCGAAGCAUCCACGCCCAUGCCGGUCCCAGCUGCCACAAGCAGACAAAACUCGCCGCCUUUCGGCCCGACCGACUACCAGUCCAGUCCAAGCGACGACGGUCGGGGCGACAGAGGGGCAGUGGGGGGGACGGGCCGAACCAGUAGCACUGGUGCCACUGCUGGUGGUACCACUAGUGGUGGUGCUGGCAGUGGUGCUGCUGCUGGUGCUUGUUCUGCUGGUGGUGCUUCUGGUGCUGCUGGUGGUGCAGCAGGAGGCAGCGGCACGGGAGGGAGGCUGGCAGAUCUCCUCGAAUCAACCCUCUGGACGCGCCGCCUCGCUCCCUCCUCCGAAGACAUAGUGAACGCGCUGGUGAUGCAGAUAUUCGAGGGCAUUCGGGACCACUUUGUGAUGGCAGCAGAGCUUAAGUUCAACUGCUUCUUUCUCAUGCCGCUCAUGGACCGGUUUCCGGCGAGGUUGAGGGAGGAUUUGGAGGCGGUGGCGGGGGGUGGGCUGGACGCGGUGUUUGAUAUCUCGCGAGUGCGUGGGCAGCUGGAGAGGAGCCGCGGGGAGCUGGAUGAAGAGCUCAGGCGGGUGCAUGCACUCCAAGCCAAGUUCGCCAGUAUUCACCACAGCCUUAGCGUGAUGCCGUCCCAUGCCAUGUCAGCACCAACGGGGUCUCUUUUCAGCUCGCACUCUGGAGCAUCCUCGUUUUCCUCCUUCGCGUCGUCAGAUGCAGCUAACCCGUCAUCACGGCAUUUCGCCGACUCGCUCUCAUCGAUGUUGGACGCGCAAAGCUUGGGGACUCCUGGCCCAAGAAAAGCAUUAGAUAGCGGUCGCAGGCUCUACUCCCCUCGGGAGUGGGAAGAGUUGCAGCGCCUGUUUGUGUCACUCGCUGCACAGUCACGCAGCAACGGGCGGCAUAUCAUAGCGAGUGUGUUCCAGGCAUACUAUGGCAUUCACGGGAGUCUGGGGGCUCGCCUCUUUGAGAUUGCAACUCAGAGGAACAAGGAUGGCCUCAUGCGCUUUCAGGAAUUUGCGUCUAUCAAGGCCGUGUUUGACAAAGGUUCACCUGACGAAAUUGACCGCAUGUGCUUUCAAGUCAUGGACGUUCUCAAGUCAGGAAAGGUCGACAGGCGAGAGGUAGAGGAGGUAAUGCGCAGUGCCCUCGCCACUGUCUUCGGUCCCCAGCACUCCCCCUCGCCUGCUCUCAUCCAAGCCUUCAUCUCCUCUGCCUUCCCAUCUAAUUCCAACUCAAGUAGCCGGCCUUCUCUCAAUCACUUGUCCCCCGCUUCCUCAGCACUCGCUUCCACCGCUCUCCACCCCUCUUCUUCUCUGUCUUCCGCAGCUGCUACACCGCUCGGUGCAUCAGCAGCGACAGCAGCAGCAGCAUCGGAGGGAACAGGAGGUCGUGAACUCACAGAUAGGAAAGAAGCAGGGAGGCCAGAGCAAGAAGGGCAAGGCGUAGGUAGGGAUGGUAGUGCUGGUGCCAGUGUUGUUGCUGAUCCCAGACCUGUUGAUGAUGAUACCAGUGUUGCUGCUGAUGAUGGGAGGGAGCUGUCUUACCAGGAUGCUGUUCGAUGGUGGAAUACGGUACCUGCUGUCAAGAAGUUUCUCCGAAGCCUCCUCACCCCUCCAGAUCUCCGCCCGCCACUACCAACUCUUGUCGUGCCAGCUGUCACUACCAGCGCCCGCCACAUCAGCUCAGAAGCAGGCCAGGAGCAACAGGAUAGUAGGGAGGACACGUGGCUUCUGCAGAAGGAGCUGACGUGGCACAUAGCCGGUGCACUACAGGACAAAGAGUGCCACGAGUGGUGUUUGUUGUACAGCAGUAAACUGCAUGGGCUGAGCUUCAACUCUUUUCUGGGGAAGGUGUCAUCAGUACCGCAUCCAACCGUUCUCGUGGUCCGUGACUCUGCUGGAGCCAUCUUUGGAGCUUUCGCUUCCAAGCCAUGGGAGCGAGGCAGCGCUUUCUUUGGUGACAUGCGCUCCCUCCUCUUCUCCUUCCUCCCCACCGCUGCUGUAUUCAAAGCAGCCGGCACCAGCACCAACAUACAGUGGUGUGCAUCAGGCUUUGCAUCUGAAUCCAUUCCCAAUGGCAUCGGUCUGGGCGGCCAACCGGGCCAUUUCGGCCUUUUCCUCUCGUCGGAUUUCGACUCGGGUCACUCUCGCCCCAGCACCACAUUCAACUCCCCUUCACUCUCUUCAACACCUAACUUCACUGUAGAUGCAGUCGAGUGCUGGGCUGUUAUCAGUGCAUCUCUGUCUGAUAGGAUUUUUGCCGGUGAUGGGGGGUUAGGAGUGGUUGGAUUGUCAGGGGCUGGAGUGGGGAGUGGGAGAUCGGAUCAUGCUGGUAGUGGGAGAGGGACGGUGUUGGAUAGAGUUUAUACGAUAGGCAAGCCUUGCGUCAUGGCCUUCACACGUCCCCUACAGUUUAUGCUCCUCUCCUUGAUCCUCUCCGCCCUUUACUCCCCGUGCGCUCUCGGAUUCUUCAAUCGCCACCGUGUCGUCAUUCCGCCGGCCCACCGGCAGCACGCGCGCUUCAGAGACCUCAGGAUCGGCCGUUCGAAGCUACCUCUAAGCCCAUUCGAAUCCCAGGGCGAAACCCUUACCUCCGAGAUUCAUCUGAAAACCGUUAAUGACGGGGAGGUAUUCCCAGCGGACCGCGCUGCGCUAUUGGAUGUCAAGAAGCGCAUCGAAGCCGAGGCGCGCGCGAAGCGCACCUACGGAAGUUUCCUGCAUCGCAUGUCCAUUCUUGGCGCGGACCCGGAAAAGGAGUAUUACCGCUUCUCAAACCGCUCGGAAACCAUGAAAGAGAAUGACUACCAGAUAUACUACUACGGCGGAGCCGUGCUCACACAGCCGAUUAAUCUCUACAUCGUCUACUAUGGCACGUGGUAUCAGUCGGAAGUUAACAUCGUGGAGAACUUUAUCAAGUCUAUUUCUUCAACCUCCUACACCUCGGUGAGCGCCGCCUGA